AUGGAAACUCAAAAAGGCCUUCACCGAAAGAAAAAAUCAAAAACAAAGACUGCCGCCCCAAAAAAAGCAAAAAGAUUGGUUAUUUUAGAGCCAAAUGCUAAAACAAAUCCAAGUUCCCCACAGCCAGAGCCUUUAAAAUUAAAUUGUCUGAAUUACCAAAAUACCCUAAAUCACCAUUCUAAGACCCCGAUUUUUACUUCAAAAGAAGAAAUGAACGCUGCGAUACAAAAACAUUUGCAUCAUGACGAUAUUCACCCAUUAAACUUUCUGCCGAAGUCUCCUUCAUUAAUCUCAAUUUCGAGUAAUUUAAGAGCAAAUUCUCCUUCAAGCCCUAAUAGUGCUACCCUUAGAUUUAUGAAUUUUGGAGAUUUUAAAGACCCAUUAUGAAGUUCACGGUCUGCUUAUCGACAAAAACUCGGACACGACUCAAAAAAUAAUUUUUCUGGGAAAGUGUGUGAAGCACCAAUCAGUCCACAUCAUGAGAAGAUUGAAAAUUUUAUUCCUUUAUAGAAAUAAUCUUUUUAUAAUAAAUAUUUAGUCUAUAUAUUAUUUUCACUGUUAUUUAAUAUAUGGAAAUUUAUUAUGAAUCUUAUAAUUUGAAUUUAUAGAUUUAGAGACUUUAUUUGCAAUAUUAAUAGUAUAUAAGUUCACUGGACAAAGAAAGCACAAAAGACUUGAAAAGCCAAUUUAAGCAGACCAAAACUGAUUUGGAAGACUUAAUAAAAGGACUGAAGCAUAUCACCAAAAUGGAUACAGACGAAAUACUUUGAAAACGUAGAAUAAGAAGACUUAACCAGAGGUACCAUAACGUAGAAAAAGAUAUUACGAUUAAAGAAAUAAAAAAAAUUACUAGCAAGUGGAGAAGGCAACUCAAAACUUGGGAUAUCUAG